AUCUGGGCCUUCAUUCCGUCGACGGUGUGGUCGAUCUUUACGUGGAUUGCGUACUUUAACUCGUUCUUCGGCCUCUCGACCUUUGGCACGCUCAAGCUCCUCACGACGGUCAUUGCGAUCCUCGAAGGCGUCAUGUUUUACUCGUGCUAA